AUGACAACCAACUUGGCGGCCAACUUCAGAGUGGGCGGGCGGCCCAGAGGAUUCGGCGGCGACGCAACCCUCUCGGGCAUUGUCCUGACCGGCCCGCCGCAGUUCUUUCCUAGAGGACGGGGACAGUACAUCAGAGGCCUGGGAGGAGAGUGUAUGGCUCAUAUCCCAGUGCCGAUCCCGGAUUGGCUUUUGAUGGAGCAGUACCGAAGGCUCCGCGGAGCUCACAACGGCACUCGACUUGAUCUUAUAACCAUAAGCCUGAACUUCUCGACGUACAACGCCACUGCCGUCCCGCCGGCGAACGAAAUGACCAACGGGUGGAUGUCGGUCCACGGGCGUUUUCAUCCGAACAACUUGACGUGGCGCGUUCCCGCUGGCGCCGGCGGCCACAAUGAUGUGCUCACGGAUUACAGUGUUGCCCCCUUGAUGGUGCGGGACCAUUCUUUUAGCAGAAUUUGGCUCAGGGAUGGCUACAACUUUGGGCCCAAGGACCAGCCGGACAUCACGACUCUGGCGCCUGAGGGGUUCACCAUGCCUCCCUACCUCACCUUCAACGGUAUCAUCCAGGGUUCCGGCUUGGAUAUGUUGCGGCCAGGUGUUCUGGACGCUCAGGCUGCGAAGCUGUGCGGCCUGGUCAAUCUCUCGAGCUUCAUCAACCCGGAGGGCGGCUGCACGACUGGCAGGGGAUACUAUGGAUUCCUCCUUCCAGUUCCGCGCUCCCAUCCAGUGUGCGACAGCGAAAAUUUGUGGGCUACUCGACAAGUCGCUUCUCCUUCGAACGCGGACGACGUGGAAUCCCUCCUCCUGUGGCUAAGAACCGAGUGGGGCAUUUGGUCUUGA